AUGAGCACGUCGAUGCGCGAUCUAAUCGAUGGGGAGGCCGAGUUAAAUGACGAGGAGGAUGACGAGUCUUUCGAUGAAGAGGGUGGCGAGCGCCGCAAGCGGGAGCGCGAUAAUGCCCUAGAUGAUUCUAGCGAGGAAGAAGACGAUGACGACGACGAAGAGGAAGCCCGAAGGAUUCGAGAAGGCUUCAUCGUUGAUGAGGAUGAGGAAGAGGAGGCGGAUGAUUCAGAAGCACGCGAACGUCGUAAGAAGAAAAAGCGUCGUCGGGUCGAGCGUGAAGAGGAGGAGCAGCUUGACGAAGAAGAUCUCGACCUGAUUGGCGAGGCAAAUCCAGAGUGGGAGCGCAAAACCCAAGCGCAGACAAAGUUCAAGCGCUUGAAGCGCGGCCACCGCGAUGAAGACCGUGGGAAAGAACGGCGCCCCGACCUCGCCGAGAUCUUCUCGGAUGAUGAUGAGGACAUGGCUGACGACCGAGGCUACGGACGCCCGAGCCACCGCGCGCACGUUGACGAGUUUGACGAUUUCAUCGAAGACGAUUACCCCGAGGACGACGAGGAGCGCAUUCAGCGCCAAGAAGACAUGGAGGUUGCCCGCCCAAGAGAUAAGGGUCUCGCGGUCGACGCAACCGGUCUUGACAAGGACGCACUCGACGACAUGGAGAACAUAUUUGGAAAUGGCGACGAGUAUGGCUGGGCUCUGGACUUAGAGGAGGAUGAGGAGGCUCAAGAGCGCGAAGAGCAGACGAUCGAGCUGAAGGAUGUGUUUGAGCCCUCUCAGCUCAAGGAGAAGCUUCUCACCGACGAGGACAACCAGAUUCGUAUCGUCGAUGAGCCCGAGCGGUUCCAGCUUGAUCGCAAGCCUUUCAAGGAGCAACAGACGUCGGCCGAAUACUUCAAAGAGGAGGCACGCUGGAUUACGAAUCUAAUGUGGCCCAAGAAGCAAUUGCCGGGUGAUCUCCACGGCCCAUUCAACAAGGCGAUUGGCAAAGUGCUCGAAUUCUUCAUCAUCGAUGGCGUCGAGGUCCCCUACGUCUUCCAGCACCGCAGAGACUACCUCAUCCACGCUAAGAAGAUUAGGAACCAGGACGGCCGCGACCACCCGGACGCCCCCGAAUACACUGUCGAUGCCGAGAAGUUGCUUACCCAGGAUGAUCUGUGGCGGAUUCUCGAGCUCGACAUCAAGUUCCGCUCUUUGAUCGAGAAACGGAACGCGCUUGAGCGCUCGGUUGAGGACCUCAAGGGUGCGAACGUGCAGGACGACGUACUGGAAGAGAUGAUCCCCUUGGCCGCGACGCUUGAGGAACUUCAGGAUCUGCAAGAUUACCUUAACUUCCAGUACUCCUCACAACUCAAGGACAUUGCCGCCAUGGGCAAUGGCGCCUCAAAAGAGACGAAGCGCCCGGGAGCCAAGACAGCCGUUUUCGAACGGAUCAGAAGGUCGCGGGCUUAUAAGUUCGUCAAAGCUCUCGGCAUCUCGCCCGACCGUCUGGCCCAGAAUGCUCUCCGGGAGGGCAAAAAGGAGUCCUCGGACGACGAUAGCAAGCUACCUCUCGACCUAGCCGACCACUUGGCAGACAGUGACUUUUCGACAGGCGACCAGGUGAUCAACGUCGCCCGUCAGAUGUACGCUGAGGAACUCUUUGUGAGCCCACGGAUGCGCAAGCAUUUCCGCAUCCAGUACUACCUGAUGGGCUGUGUGAGCUGUCGCCGGACGGAGAAGGGCCUUCGCAAGAUUGACGAGGCCCACCCCUACUACGAGAUCAAGUACCUUGCCAACCACACGAUCAGGGAUCUUGCCGUGCGGCCCGAGAUUUUCCUCAAAAUGAUGAAGGCGGAAGACGAAGGACUUGUCGAAGUCAAUCUAACCCUAGAGAACGACCGCGAAUUCCGCCGGCAGCUCUACAACGAAUUUGCCUCGGACAACUUCAGCGACCUUGCUGAUGCGUGGAACUCGGAGCGCCAAAAAGUUCUCGACAUCUCCUUUGCAAGACUGGAAAAGGUGAUUGCCAAGGGCGUGAAGGACUCGCUUCGGACGGCCUGCCAGGAGGAGCUACUCAAGACUUGCCGGGAGGAGUAUUUCAAACGGCUCGACCAGGCUCCUCUCAAACCUAAGGGCAUGGUUCUCGGUACCACCCCGCGUGUGCUCACACUGUCCAAUGGCAUGGGUGACCCCAACCGCGAUCCUGUUUCUUGGACGUGGGUUGAGGAAGAUGGCCGGGUCCUAGAACACGGCAAGUUCGUGAAUCUAGCGCGGGAUGAAAGUCAGAGAGACCUCUUUGCCGAGCUGGUUCGCCGGAGGAAUCCAGACGUCGUCGGUAUUUCCGGCUUCUCGGCGGACACCCAGCGGCUGAUCAAGGAUGUGGAGGGCCUGAUCAACGAAAAGGGCUUGAUGGGACCGGAGUACGAUGACCCAGAGACCAACGAAUACCGUAGCGACUUGCUCGAGGUAGUUAUCGUCAACGAUGAAGUGGCCCGCCUCUACAAGGAUAGCCCACGCGCCAUCUCCGAACACCCGACUUUAAACCCACUCACCCGGUACUGCAUCGCACUAGCCCGGUACAUGCAAAAUCCCAUGAAAGAGUAUGCGGCACUGGGCAAGGACAUUACGUCCUUGCUUAUUCAUCCCUACCAGCAGUACCUCCCGCAGGAAAAACUGUACAAGCACCUCGAGACAGCAAUGGUGGAUAUUGUCAACCUUUGCGGCGUGGAUAUCAACGAGGCCAUGGGCGAUUCCUACACAGCGAAUUUGCUCCCUUACGUGGCUGGUCUGGGCCCGCGCAAGGCGCAGCUUCUCAUCAAGGGCAUCAAUGCCAACGGCGGUGUUGUUACUUCUCGCGACGAGCUUGUGGGCGAUCCGGAGCGCCACAAGAUCCCUGUGCUAGGUCCCCGUGUAUGGAACAACUGCGCCAGCUUCCUGUACAUUGAGCACGAUAGCACCGACCCUGACUCGGACCCGCUCGACAACACGCGUAUCCACCCGGAAGACUACGAUCUUGCCCGCAAGGUUGCCGCAGAUGCCUUGGGUCUAGACGAGGAGGACGUCAAGGCCGAGACAGACGUCAACGGGCCGGGUGCCAUCGUGCGGAAGUUGUUCAAGGAGGACGAGCAGGAGAAGGUCAAUGAGCUGAUUCUAGAAGAGUACGCUGAGCAGCUGGAGCGCGAGUACCAGCAACGCAAGCGGGCCACCCUAGAAGCGAUCCGGGCAGAGCUCAUGGGCCCAUUUGAGGAACUGCGCAAAAACUUUGGCGUACCAGGCGCGGAUCAGAUCUUUACCAUGUUCACGGGCGAAACACGUGACUCGCUUUGCGAGGGCAUGAUCGUGCCGGUCAACGUCCGCCUGGUCAAGGACGACUUUGCGAUCGCCAAGCUGGACUGCGGCAUCGAGGGACGCGUGGAAUCUCACGAGGUAUCGUACCGGCAUUCGAUCAAGGACAUGUUGCAGGUCGGGCAGACGGCACAAGCCAAAGUGAUCGAGGUCAAUCGCAAGGACUUUGUCUGCAAGCUGUCGAUGCGCGAGGAGGAACUGCGGCGGCCGUACCGGAGGCAUUACGACUAUGGACGUGGGCAGUGGGACUACAAGCAGGAAGAGGAUGACCGGGAAGAGCUGCGGGAGAAAGACAAGACCACUGGCCGCACGCAGAGGGUUAUCAAGCACCCACUCUUCCGCCCGUUCAACAGCACGCAGGCAGAGGAGUAUCUUGGCGGACAGCCGGCGGGUGAGGUGGUGAUCCGGCCGUCGUCCAAAGGCAACGACCACCUAGCCAUCACGUGGAAGGUGGCGGACGGGGUAUACCAGCACAUCGACGUGUUGGAGCUGCAAAAGGACAAUGAGUUCUCCGUCGGCAAGGUGUUGCGGGUCGGCAGCAAGUACACGUACACGGAUUUGGACGAGUUGAUCGUGGACCAUGUCAAGGCGAUGGCGCGCAAGGUGGAGGAGUUGAUGCAGCACGAGAAGUUCCAGAAGGGAUCGAAGGCUGAUCUAGAAAAAUGGCUAACGACGUACAUCGACGCCAACCCAAACCGAUCGACAUAUGCCUUCUGUCUGGACCCACGACACCCAGGAUACUUCUUCCUCUGUUUCAAGGCGUCACGGAGCUCCAAGGUAAUUGGCUGGAUGAUCCGCGUGAUUCCGCACGCAUACGAACUCAUGAAGAGCCAAUACCCCGACAUGCGGGCGCUCUGCAACGGGUUCAAGUUGCGAUACCAGAGCGAGAUGCUCAAGAUGCAGUCGAAUGGUGCAGGGAGGGGCCAUUAG